AUGUACGUUGUGUUGAUGAAGCUGAUUUUUGUCACUAACAAUAUUGUUAAAUCCAAACUCCAGAUUCUUGAAGACAUUUGGCAACAGUUAGUCAGAGCAUUUGAAAAGCAACUGAGUAUAUCACUUGUCAUUUAUCAAAACUGUAAUGAUUCACACUCAUACAGAAAACUAAUGCUGUUAAGCACACCCAGUGUUUUUGCAUCGAAUUGUGCCAAACUUGCAGCCUUGAUUAAAUUGAUCAAAAUACUAAAGCAAAACUUGACUCUCAACAAAUCCACAACCAUUAGAGAUAUUUACUAUCAAGAUAUAGAGCUAUUCAACAAAGACCAACAAGAAUGUAGAAGGAUGCUCACCGAUUUGGUGGAAAAUUGUUUAGGGUGGUCCUUGGCUCAAGACUUCAACAUCCACCCAACACAAAAGGGUUUAACGUAUGGCAACAUUUUCCAGCAAAUGCAGGAACCAGUUUUAAUUCCCAUUGAUUAUUGCAAUUACUUCAAAUGGAAUUGUAGUAUAACUCCAAGAAGUUCGUUAUUGAUAAUUGUUCUAGAAAAAGAUGCGGUCUUUCAUUCAUUUAGUAAAUACAUGCAGCUACAAAGUCAACAGCUUCAUUGCAACUACAUAAUACUUACAGGUAAAGGGUUUUCCGACAAUUUGACUCAACGAUUCGCUAGUUGGUUAGCACGGACAUAUUGUACAACAACUUUAGGGUUUUUCGAUUCUGAUGCCCAUGGAUUGCUCAUUUACAAACGAUACAAAAAUGCAGUGCCGGAUAUCAAAUACAGCGGGAUGUAUUUACUUGAGUCGAGUCUCAAUUCGCAGUUGACAGCCAGUACUCGUGAUGUAUCCAUCAUGUCCAAUCUCUCUUCCACCUCAAUGGUCAGCUUGGGACCAAAAGUCCACCGAGAAUUGACCCGUGGGUUAUUCUUGUACAAAAAGGCUGAAAUGAAUGUGGUGUCCAAAGACGAAUACAACAGUUAUAUACUUGGCAAGGUUUGCUCCCAAGCACGUGAUAACAGGUGA